UCCAUCACAUCCACUGUUCCUCCACACACUCAGCUGGACCUUCCUUCUCAGAAGAAGCGCUGCGUUUAUCCACAAGGAACAAACUCUCGCAGGAUCGGGAACCUUUCUCUCUCUCUCCUUUUUUUUUAUUUAAAAAAAAAUAUAUAUAUAUAUAUAUUUUGUAACAUUCCUCUCUAACCCUCCUGCGGCCGAUAUCCGGGUCCCCCGAUGGCUCUGCGCGCGGCGCUGCUCUGCUCUCUGCUCGGGUUUCUCCUCGGACAAGGAGAAAUACACACCACAGUGGACGACUGCUGUAAAAACGGCCAGAAGCAUGCGAACGAUAACAAUGACUGUGCAUCCCUCCCCCUCAUUUCCUCUUCAAUGACUUGCAGGAUAGCGCAGGAGCAGUGCUGCGUGUCAGUGCUGGAGGACAACAUGUGUUCCACCGGCAUCAACGUGGCAAAAGACCAGGGAGUCUGCGAUUCUCUGCUUGCCGGCACCUGCGAGACCAAGACAACAAAGAUGUGCUGCGACUGUUGUCUUCUGGGGAAGGAAGCUCAGGACCUGAACAUACCCUGCGACCACAACCUGUCAGUGGGCUACCAGUGCAGCCUGGUGUCCCGGGCCUGCUGCAUGGACGGAGCCUCAGACAACCAGACAGCAGCACUGGGACAGACUGAAUUACCCAACCAGGAUGGCAGCGCUGGCGUAGCAGUGGGAGUUGAUCCAUGCAAAGGGAAGUGUGACCACGUCUGUGUCGGGAAUGACUCCUGCGCCUGCAUGAAAGGCUAUAAACUCAAACCGGACGGGAAGAGCUGUGAAGACAUCAACGAGUGCCUGCUGGGAUCCAGCAACUGUCGCGGGGGAGAGCGUUGCAUCAACACCGAGGGUUCGUUCCGCUGCAUGAGAGAGGUCAGCUGCGGGACCGGCUACGAGCUCACCGAAAACAACGACUGCAAAGACAUAGAUGAGUGUGAGACGGGCAUCCACAACUGCGGUGAACAGUUCACGUGUCAAAACACGCAGGGGUCGUUCCGCUGCGCCCCAAAGAACACCUGCGGCUCGGGCUUCAUCCAGGACGCGCUCGGAAGCUGCAUCGAUAUCAAUGAAUGUGUCGCCCAGUCGAGUCCGUGCCACCGAGGGCAGAUCUGCGUGAACACGGUCGGCUCCUACGCCUGCCAGAGGAACUCUGUGAACUGCGGUCGGGGAUACCGCCUCAAUGAAGAGGGCACGCGCUGCGUCGAUAUCGACGAGUGCAAAGGAGCCGAGCAGGUCUGCUCAGGCCACGCUUGCAUCAACCAGCUGGGAUCGUACCGCUGCGAGUGUGAAACCGGGUACAACUUUAACAGCAUCAACCGACUCUGUGAAGACAUUAAUGAGUGCAGGCACUACCCUGGACGACUAUGCGGCCACAAAUGCGAUAACAUCCCUGGGUCCUACAAGUGUAGUUGCACCACUGGCUUCCAACUGGCUAAGGAUGGCCGGAACUGCGAUGAUGUGAAUGAGUGUGAGAGCAACCCGUGCAGCCAGGAGUGUGCCAACGUGUAUGGCUCCUACCAGUGUUACUGUCGCCGCGGCUACCAGCUCAAUGACAUCGACGCCAUGACUUGUGAAGAUAUUGAUGAAUGCGCCCUUCCCACUGGCGGCCAUAUUUGUUCCUAUCGCUGCCACAAUACGCCGGGAAGCUUCCACUGCUCCUGCCCUGCCAACGGCUACACGUUAGCAGUGAACGGGCGCAGCUGCCAGGACGUUGACGAAUGUGUAACAGGAAGACACACAUGCACGGAAAAUGAGAGCUGCUUCAACAUCCAGGGCGGGUACAGGUGCCUGUCCUUUGACUGUCCCAAAAACUACAGGCGUGUCGGACAGACUCGAUGCGAACGCUUGCUUUGCAACGACUCUGUCGAUUGCCCGAUCUUGCCCCUGAGAAUAACCUACUACUACCUCACGUUCCCCACCGACAUUCCCGUCUUCACCAAUAUCUUCCGCAUGGGCCCCUCCCACAUGAUGCCUGGUGAUGACAUUGAGGUGGCGCUCACCACCGGCAACGAGGGGGGGUUCUUCAAGGCCGAGCGCACGCCCUCCGGCGGCGUGAUGUCAGUGGCAAGGCUCAUCGACAAGCCCCAGGACUUCCAGCUGGACUUGGAGCUGAGGCUGCGCCGCUCCGGCACGGUCUCCAUUUACCUGGCUAAGGUUCUGGUGUUUGUCACCCAGGAAGAGCCCAGAGUACCAUACAACCCCUUCCAGGAGUAAACACAAGACUUGUUGAGGAUUAAACACAGUAGUUAACCAUUAGGAGAGGAAUGUUUCACAUAAUAUUGAUAAUACGAUGUAGACGUAUAUUCUUCAAGAUACAGGCAGACUCUACAAUUAUUGGCACUCCUAUAGGAACAAGGUGUAAAAAGUCUUAAAUAAAUUCAUAUCAGACUGUAUCUCACAGAAUAUUUUGUUAUUGCUUGUUUAUACUUACAGCCAGGUCUGUCACAAUAACAAAUCUUUCAGGAACAAUACAUUUUCCCAGAAGCUAUACUGUGAUGAACAAUAAUAAUUGUUGUUUUGAGGCCAUUUUCACAUGUUAUAACAAAAGCGGCGUAGAAGAUCAAUAAACCUUAUUGAACAUUUAACACUGGGACUGGAAGACACUUUAAAUUUCCAAAAUAAAUGAACAGAACACCAGAAACAAAACGUAAAAUUAAUUUAUGACGUCUAUGAAACAAAACUGUCGCUUAAAAAAGGGAUGGUUGAGAACAAUGAACCAAACUUUUGUGAUCCAGUUUUUUGGCAGAAAGAGAGUUUUAAAAAAAAGAGGAGGAUAAAUUGUGCAAAAUGAAAAUUAUUGAGCUCGCUUUAAUUUGUCAUGUGAUUAAUUGAUUUAUUGCUCAUUAUGACAGACCUGCCUCCCUCUCCAGCCUCCAGAAACUACCAUAUUUUUCCUCUCUUUCUCGUCGUAUAAUGGUAUUUUCUCCCACAUUUCCCGUUUUAUAUCAUAUGUAGACUCCAAUGGCGAAACAUUUUCCAUAUUUUCAAAUCCAAAACUUGGCAGGAAUGAGGCCUCUAGUGUGAGAAAUUGAUUAGAAUCAUGAAAGAAGGACAAGACGAAAUCCUAGAGAGUGUUUUAGAGCAUACAACGUAGGAUUAAAUCUUAAAUGAAUAUUAGGUGGUUGCUACAUGUGCUAACUUCCUGUAAGCCACUGGAAAUCAGAGCUCUUCCCGUUAAGCUUUGUGCCGUCAUCGCAUCCGACUUUGGCUGGUGGAACGCCACCUCUCCUCGUUCACAUAAGCAUUUUAGUGGAGUUGUUAGUGGUGCCAAUAAUUGCAGUGUUUUUAUUGCCUAUUAAACAAAUUAUUGUUUUAGUGUCUAAAUGUACUCAAUGCAAAGUUUGAACAUUUUUGAUGCAACAUUAUGCUAUUGCAGUCAUAAAACUUUUCAGACAUUUUUAUGAGAAUAACCAAUAAAACAUGGAUGACAUGUUACAUAUUAAACACUUUAAAUCCAAGUAAAAAAAAAAUCACUUAGUUA